AUGGGGUCAAUGAAAGUUUCAAGUCCUAGCCCUUCUGUAAAGAAGGCGAGAAACACUAUAGAAUUUAAGAAAGAACUCGUAGCAAAAUCCCACACUGCAGUAGUAACUGCUGAUGAUACAGAGCCAGUGAUUUUUCAUCGCUCUGGAGGAUCCCGCGAGCCCGCUACAUCUGAGUGGCAUACCACGACACUAACUAUACCAGCGGACCAGAUAAGGGCUUCGGGAGCCUCUGAGACCUGUAUCAACUAUGAACCAGCAGAUGUUGGUAAUGUAGAUCCAGAGGCAUCUCAGCAGCGUUUACAAAUAUAUUUAGGACUAUUGAAAUCGAACCUGGGAACGAAUUCCUGGGGUUCAAGAGCCCCCUCACCUCGACAAGGUGCUCCAAGUCGAGAGAUCUUGGACUCGAACCCUGGAAUAGCCAACAUCACCACAUUUAGAUCAAAUUUCAAUCGCCUUCAGUUCCCAGUCAGGUUGGCUUUUGCCAUGACUAUCAGUAAAGCCCAGGGACAGUCUCUCAGAGUGGCUGGAAUCAACUUGGAGCAACCUUGCUUUUCUCACGGCCAGCUUUAUGUGGCGUGCUCAAGAGUGGGCUCUCUGGAACGCCUGUUCAUUUUGUCACCGGAGGAAAAAACAAAGAACAUAGACUACCAAAAGGCUCUCCGCCAAACGAAAGCUAUCUCUGCUCCCAUUGGCUGUCCUGAAUUUACUACCCACAGGGAAAAUCCGGAUUGGGGCGUAGCUUACCAGGGGAUAUUUCAAAAGGAGCAGGGACCCAGCAGCUCACCCUCAGAGCCUCCACAGAACUAG